UUGUGUUGUUAUAAGUCGGAAAAUUUGAGGUUGACGCAUGAAUUGUCGAAUUUAAAUCCGUUUUGUUCUUGUUGUUGUUGUUGUUGUUUUCGAAGGAAUUUCUCGAAUUUUUUCUUGGCGGGGUUUUUUUUUGGGUGAAUUUUCCCGCGCAAUGUCGGCGGCGGUUAAUCAGUCAUCGGCGGCUUCCGUGGUGGAGGAGGUGAUUCAACAUCACGGGGAGAAUUUGAGCAAUGUUGAUUUGUACGCUGCCAGGAAGGCUGAAGAAGCUUCAUUGAGAAGAAAUGAAGCGGCUAGGUGGUUAAGAAAGACAGUUGGAGUGGUUGUGGGUAGGGAUUUGCCAUCUGAGCCUUCAGAAGAAUAUUUCAGACUGGGGUUGCGUAGUGGGAUUAUACUCUGCACUGUUCUUAAUAAAGUUCGGCCUGGCUCUGUGCAGAAAAUCGUUGAAGCACCUCCGGAUUCUGCUACCCCUGAUGGGGCAGCUCUUUCUGCAUACCAAUACUUUGAAAAUAUACGCAACUUCCUUGUGGUUGUGGAGGAAAUGGGGCUCCCAACUUUUGAAGCUUCUGAUUUGGCACAGGGAGGGAAAGCAUCUAGAGUUGUGAAUUGCGUACUAGCAUUAAAAUCAUAUUGUGAGUGGAAACAAGCAGGUGGAAAUGGCUCCUGGAAAUUACAAGCAAGUGGAAGUGGCUCCUGGAAAUUUAGUGGGAAUGUGAAGCCUACAUCCUGUGGAAAGCAAUUUGUUCUGAGGAAUUCUGAGCCAUUCAUGAAUUCAUUUUCACGUAGUGCAUCAAUAGUUGAAAAAGCUCUUGCCAGUGGUGACCUUGGGUGUGAUAAUACCGAGACGGAGGAAUUGGGUUCCUUGCACAUGCUUGUCAGCAAACUUCUUUCUGAUAAGAAACCUGAAGAUAUACCACUUGUUGUGGGGAAUUUGUUAAGUAAAGUUAUGGAAGAAUUUGAGCAACGAUUAUCUAGCCAGAAUGAGGAGAUGAAUACAGCUACUCAAGAUAUUUCUGUUCCAGCUUCUUCUGUGGUCGGGUGUUCACCUAUAGAUAUAAAGAUUAAAACAGCUUCUCAAGAUAUGUCUGUUGCCGUUUCUUCUCCAGUUGAGAUUCCUCCCUCAGUGAUAAAGAUGGACACAGCUUCUCAAGAUAUGUCAGCUCCAGCUUCUCAAGAUAUAUCACUUCCAGCAUCCCAAGAAAUGUCUGUUCCAGCUUCUCAAGAUAUGUCUGUUCCAACUUUUUGUCCCCUUGAGCUUCCUCCCAGGGAGACAAAGAUUGAAGAUGAAGCAACCUCCACACCAAUUGAUGAAGAAACUUUUCACCAUGGAGAAAUUAAUGACAGUGGAUCAGAUAGACAAGCUGAGAAGCAGCAGAUACUGGUCAAGCAACAGCAACAAAAUAUACAGGAUCUGAAAUGUAACCUUCAUGCUACAAAAAAAGAGUUACAAAAUCUACAGAUUGAAUAUCAUGAGGAAGUCGACAAUCUAGGUAAACACCUGCGAAGCUUAGCUCAUGCAGCUUCAGGAUACCAGAAAGUUUUGGAGGAAAAUCGCAAGUUGUACAAUCUAGUGCAAGAUCUUAAAGGAAGUAUCAGGGUGUAUUGCCGGGUUCGACCAUUCUUGCCUGGGCAACCAAGUCGUUUUAGCACUGUUGAUCAUGUAGAAGAGGGAAGCAUUACAAUAAUCUCUCCUUCAAAAAAUGGAAAAGAGGGAAAGAAAACAUUCACUUUCAAUCGCUGUUUUGGUUCAUCUGCAGCCCAAGAAGAAGUAUUUGUAGACACACAGCCUCUGAUUCGAUCUGUCCUUGAUGGAUACAAUGUCUGUAUAUUUGCUUAUGGUCAAACUGGAUCAGGAAAGACCUACACAAUGUCUGGACCUGAUGAGCUCACAAAGGAAACCGAAGGUGUCAAUUACAGGGCAUUAGGUGAUCUAUUUCUUAUCUCAGAGCAAAGAAAGAACAUGAUGGCUUAUGAGGUCUCUGUUCAGAUGAUUGAAAUUUAUAAUGAACAAGUCAGAGAUCUCCUUGCAACGGAUGGUCUCAACAGAAAAUUAGAAAUCCGUAACAAUUCCCAGAAGGGUUUAAAUGUACCCGAUGCAAAUAUUGUACCAGUCUCGUCAACACCUGAUGUCAUUAAUUUGAUGAAUCUUGGGCAGAAGAACCGUGCAGUGGGUGCAACAGCCAUGAAUACUCGCAGUAGCCGUUCCCACAGUUGCCUCACAGUUCACGUUCAGGGAAGAGAUCUGACAUCUGGAACAAUACUUCGUGGUUGUUUGCAUCUGGUUGACCUGGCAGGAAGUGAAAGAGCUGACAAAACCGAAGCAGUUGGUGAUAGAUUAAAGGAGGCUCAGCAUAUCAACAAGUCUCUCUCUGCUUUAGGAGACGUGAUAUCUGCCCUUGGAAAUAAGAGUUCACACGUUCCCUACAGGAAUAGUAAGCUUACACAGCUCCUGCAAGAUUCUCUUGGAGGACAAGCCAAGACAUUAAUGUUUGUUCACAUUAGUCCUGAGGCGGAUGCUAUUGGAGAGACACUUAGCACUCUUAAAUUUGCUGAACGUGUGUCUGCUGUUGAGCUUGGUGCAGCCCGUGCAAACAAAGAUGGCUCAGAUGUCAAAGAACUCAAAGAACAGAUUGCUAGUCUAAAGGCUGCUUUGGCAAAGAAGGAGGGGGCAAAUUCCAUAUCAAGUAGUCCAGAAAGGGGAAUUCCAUCCUAUGGGUCUUCACCUUCACAUUCCAGUUUAGGGGACACGCAAAUCUACGAUCAAGGGCAACUUACAGUGGAUGUUGGUAAUAACAGGGAGGUUAGGAAAAGCUCUGCAGUAUAUGAUAGAAGGCGAAGCUUAGAUCCUAAUGUCUUUCAGAUGAACUCACCUACUUGGCAACCUGAUUGUAGUAGUCCUGGAUCAAAUGGAUAUGAGAAAGAUGCAGUUUCAGGUGAAUGGGGUGACAAUGCUAUGGUUAGUAAGAAAAAUGGUUUCAGUAGGGGUUAUUCUUUUAGCAGAUUGGACGAACGUAUUAGACAGUCACCUGAGAUGUUAUAUGAGAAACAUUCUCCUGAUAGUUCAAAGGUAUAUACCGAACAAAACAUUGGAAAACAUUUACCAUUCAAGAAGGAAAGCCAAGACUACGAUACUGUCCCUGUGGAUGAUUCUGACUUGGAUGCUGCUACCAGUGACUGUUCUUCGGAGCAUGAUUCCCUUUGCCAAUUGAGUAUUCCAAAACUCUCUAGUAUUCCCAAUGGAGUGGCAUCAAAGUUAAAAAGACCCAGUCCAAGGCAAAUCAAGAGUCCAGAACUUAGGAGCUCAAUCCCACAACCAUCGAGGAGACUCUCUACUGGGAUGGUGUAUUCAUCUGCACUAAAACCUGGAAGACAAGCACCACCCAGUGCAGAUGGGAAGAGAAGAACACCAAGUGGCAAGUGAGCAAUAUGGGCGUUUAUCAUCACUGAUGAACACAUCAAAGAGUGACAAGGAUCUUGACAGGGAAUUUCUGUCAACUUUUUUGUGUUAUUUACUUGUUUACUGUGAAUUCUUUAGCCAUUUUUAGUGUGUGCCAGUACCUUCCAGUUUCCAGACACAAGUUUUUGGCUGGAAAAAAGAUAUUGAAUUGAGGCCUAAACAAGGCAAAUGUAUGGAAUAGAAGCACAUAUAAUUCUGUUGUAUAUUGCGUGCAAUUUGCUAGAGAUUUGAUUUGGCAUUGAUUAUU